AUGGCGACCGCCGGCCUCCCCAUCACCACCCUCGUCCCCUUUGCGUCUCUCCCGACGUGCGCCACCCAGUGCUACCACCUCUACGAUGCCAACGGCGCCUGCGUGCCGCCGGCCGCCGCCAACGGCGAUGCCGCCCAGUACGCCUCCUGCUUCUGCAACAAUGCCCUGAUCUCCGCCUUUAGCACCGGCACCGCCGGCGUCUGCGACUCGGCCUGUACUGCCGCCGCCGACGCCGGCGGCCUCGAGAGCAUCCACAACUGGUUCUCCUCCUACUGCUCCGUCGAGCAAAAGAACGUCGCGACAAACACCGCGUCCACCACCUCGAGCACCUCCACAGCCACCAGCACCAAGAGCGCCUCGUCGGGCAACAAGAGCACAAACAACUCAUGGAUCGCCACACACUACCAGUGGGUCAUCUUCGUCGUCGUCAUGGUCGUCGGCAUCACCUCGCUCUGGAUCGGCGCCUGCGUCUGGCACCGCCGCUACCUCCGCAAAAAGGACCGCCAGUACGCCCUCGCCAACCUCCGCGCGUCCACCGGCGCCGCCUCCGGUACCACCGGCCUCAACGACCGUUCCAUGGACCACGAUCUGCACGAUCUCGACAGCCACGGCAUGGCCUCGCCCACCGACCCGGCCGGUGCGUUUGCGCCCAACUCGUACGAUGCGGAGAAGCGCCGGUCGAACCCGUUUGGACGGCGGCAGUAA